UAAAAUUUGCUCUUUGCAGUGAUGAAAUGAUUUGCUCUUUACAUUUAUCAAUGGAGAUGUCCAUGGAGGAUGGAUCGAUUUCAUUCCAUGAAAUCCCAGAACCCAAUCUUCAACCACCCAACCCUCCAAAUCUUAGAAAAAUGCCAGACCCUACGCACCCUCAAGCAACUCCAUGCCCACAUGAUCACAACCGGUCUCACUCUCCACACUUACCCUCUCAGCAAGCUCCUCCUUUUAUCCUCCACCCUCGCCAUAACUUACGCGCUCUCAAUCUUCAACCAAAUCCCAAACCCAACAAUCUUCCUCUUCAACACUCUCAUUUCCUCUCUCACCAAUCACAGACACCACACCCACAUAGCCUUCUCACUCUACAACCGUCUUCUCACCCACAAGACCAUCACACCCAACAGCUUCACCUUCCCAUCUCUCUUUAAGGCGUGUGGGUCUGAGCCAUGGUUCUACCACGGUCGAGCCCUCCACACCCAUGUCUUGAAAUUCCUUGGACCCGCAUGUGACCACUUUGUUCAAGCCUCGUUGCUCAACUUCUAUGCCAAGUGUGGCAAAGUUGGUGUGUCUAGAUAUUUGUUCGAUCAGAUUAAGGAACCAGAUUUGGCCACGUGGAACUCUAUUUUAACUGCAUAUGCACGUAGUGCUAGUUCUGGUACUUAUGAUACUAGUUUGUCCUUGAAGGUUUUGAGUUUCUUCAAUGAGAUGCAACGUUCUUCAAUUAGGCCAAAUGAACUUAGCAUGGUUGCUUUAGUUGGUGCUUGUGCUGAUUUGGGUGCGCUUAGUCAAGGUGCAUGGGCACACGCUUACGUUUUGAAGAACAAUCUUAAGCUGAACCGCUUUGUGGGAACCGCACUGAUUGAUAUGUACUCAAAAUGUGGGUGUCUGGAUUUAGCAUACCAGUUGUUUGACAAAUUGCGUGAAAGGGACACAUCGUGUUACAAUGCGAUGAUUGGUGGGUUCGCUGUUCACGGUUACGGGCAUCGGGCAAUUAGCCUUUACGAGAGAAUGAAACUUGAGGGAUUAGUUCCGGAUGAUGUAACGUUUGUAGUUACCAUGUGUGCUUGUUCGCAUGUAGGUUUAGUAGAGGAAGGUUGUAAGGUUUUUGAGUCUAUGAAGGAGGUUUAUGGGAUUGAGCCAAAACUUGAGCAUUAUGGGUGCCUGGUGGACCUUCUAGGCCGAGCCGGGAGGCUAAAGGAGGCUGAGGAAAGGGUUCGGACCAUGCCCAUGAAACCAAACGCAAUAUUGUGGAGGUCUUUACUUGGGGCAGCAAGGGUUCAUGGAAAUUUGGAGAUAGGGGAAGUUGCACUCAAACACUUGAUACAAGUAGAACCAGAAACUAGUGGGAACUAUGUGCUCUUGUCAAAUAUGUACGCAAGUAUUGAUAGAUGGGAUGAUGUCAAUAGAAUUAGAAAGCUGAUGAAAGAUCAUGGGAUUAACAAAAUGCCCGGAAGUAGCUUGGUUGAGAUUGGUGGUGCCAUGCACGAGUUUCUCAUGGGAGACAAAACACACCCGUACUCAAAACAGGUUUAUUUGAAGCUUGAAGAGAUAAACAGAAGAUUAUCAGAAUAUGGUCACAAGCCAAGAACAAGAGAAGUGUUAUUUGACAUAGAAGAGGAAGAAAAGGAAGAUGCCCUCUCUUACCAUAGUGAGAGACUAGCAAUAGCUUUUGCUCUUAUUGCAUCUGAUUCGACUGUCCCUAUCCGAAUCAUUAAAAAUCUUCGAGUUUGUUAUGAUUGCCAUGUGAGUGCUAAGCUUAUUUCUUUGAUAUAUGUAAGAGAAAUUAUAGUGAGAGAUCGAAUUCGGUUUCAUCAUUUCAAAGAUGGAAUGUGUUCCUGCUUGGAUUAUUGGUGACAAGUUGUUUACAUUAUACAAUGUCGAUAACUGCAUCUGAAAAGCAAAAGGGAACGUAUUGUUGCUCGGACCUACAUUUUUACGACUUCAAUGGAUCAUUACAAGUUGGCAUGGGUAAGGCGGGCCAAGGUGGAUUUGUUACUAGCCUAAAAUUUGUUUGGACUUAGUUCAAGCCUACUGCCUCAGCCCAAGAGGGAGUUAAGGUAUGCUUCAUAAUUUACAUAUAUUGCAUUUGCUAGUAGUUCUGAUAUUCAAUAUUAUAUUAUUGGUUUUCUUCUUUUUUGGGAUGAAGUUCCUAAUGUUAAUUGCUUCACAUCGUUAUGUUUGGUUUCUGAACACAAUAUGUGUAGCAAUAUUAUUCUUUUUUUCUUGAUAAUGAGGCUGUUUCACCCCUUCUUCCAUCGUCAAGUUUAUUUGUGAAGCAUGCUUGGUUUUAAACAUGUUCGAUAGGGAUUUUCACAAAGGCAUUGAUAAAUGAUAAGGAUGAUUUAUGCAAAUGUGCAGAAAGAUAACAAUUCCACCUUAUGGAAAACUUCCUUUGAGGUACAGCUGAGCUGACAUAUAUAUCACCCAUGAAUGGCCUUCCUAGGAUAGAGAUAAGGUGCCAGCCUCCCGUAUUGAUUUCACCCGUUCCAUAUCCGCCUAUCCUGAGUUCCCUUAUUAAAUUCCCAUCACUCUCCCCACAAGCAUGACAGCUAAUCGAGGAUGGUGCACCUUACACUUGCAAUGAAGAGUGAAGAUUUGGGACUUGCAGGGGAAUUGAACAUGAUUCUUUCUAUUUUUUCAGUCAUUUAUGGUCAAUAUUGUAUUUUACUGAUCUAACUAAUGCAUAUAAUGUUGUGUAAGCACAUCAUUUAAAAAAUUUAAAUAACAUACAAAGUUCACCCAAAA